UUUAAACCCUACUCAGAGCAGAGAAAAAAACCCUAACGAUGAAAAGAUCCCUGCUUAGAAAUGUCUGUUUCUACGCUCGCACUCGUCUUCUCUCUCCUCCCUGCUACAAUCCGAUCCCUAAAGCCCAACUCGGCCCUCCGCUCGCUGCUUCGACUCGGCCCAGACUCAGCUUCUACUCCACCGAGUCACCCUCACCCAGGAAAGAGGCUUCCAAUGAUGCAGGGGAUGAUGGUGUCAGUAAUGAAGAGCUGAAAAUGCGAAUUGAUUCCUACUAUAGUGGGAAUCAGGAGGCAUUGCCAUCAAUCUUUGAAGCAAUUCUGAAGAGGAAGUUGGCAGGGAAGGACGAAGAGACCGAUGAGAAAUUGAUGGAAGAGAUUCUCGGGCACGGGCAGGAGCCGCUGAGUGAUGUCGACGAUGAUGUUGAAGCUGAUUCCGAUGAAUUGUCAGGCAGUGAUUUGGAAAUUUGAUGACGAUUAAAGACAAUGUGAUGAAGGAACAUGGAUUAAGUACAUUGCAUUGUGCAGCAUGCAACUUUAACGAAAAACUCCCGAUAUUGUUCACUUUAACGAAAAAAUACAUUUUUACACUAAAACUCAAAAUUUUUAAGUUAUUUUCAUUAGUUUUCUUUAGAAAAAUGUUGUACAAAAGAAGCAAGACCUCCAUGGUUUAGUUUCUUCAAAUUGUUUUAGUUUUCGGA